AUGAAGGUUACAGUGGGCGAUGUCAAGUCGGUUGGUCUGUCGCUUCUGUAUGAGCCAGACUGGCCGACGGACCCGGCGGUCGACAUCGUUUUUGUCCACGGCAUCGGCGGACACCCAGUUCGCACAUGGAGGCUGCAGAGCGACGACGACGAAGCCAUAACAACCCCCAAAGUGACCGUGCCGUAUCCCGGCCUCAAGCGAAGACUGACGAAGAAGCUACCACCAUCCACCCCCUUACACCGAUCCAACUCGGAGCCUCUGACCGGGAAAACACCACGACCCCAGAGCAGAGCCCGCACUCUCCUCUGGGGGAACUCGACGAAAUCAUCCUCACGACUCGACCUCAAUGGAUCGUCAAACAUCCCAGAGCCGAGUUCCUUAGGUAGAUCCAGAACAGUCCUGCGAAAAUCAUCCCUCAAAAAUAUCCAAAAACCGCUUCCAGAUCUACCAAUCGAUAUCUUCACCCCACCGCCCUCGCCAAAAGUCGGUGUCUACUGGCCGUUAGACCUGUUACCCACAUCCUGCCCAAACGCUAGAAUCUUCACAUGGGGUUACCACACCCUUGUGAAAGACGGCAAACCGGUCCGGCAACAAGGGGAUAUCUUUGCCCAGGCCGAGGAGUUCCUCAUUGACCUUGCUGUGUUAUGUGCUAACACUCCCCCCCAGCUCCUCCGCAAAUCCGAAGCCGAACGCGACGGCCCGCUCAAACAAGUCCUCCUCUGCACCUCCGCCGUCCUCUUCCUCGGCAGCCCACACCGCGGAACAGAGCACUGCAAGCUAAGCGAUGCCAUCCGCAGCAUGGCCAGCGUCACAUUGCGCGGCAGUGAUCCUGACGAUCCCGUUCUGGCUGCACUAGCCGGUGCGAAGGGGGCCGAGGCGGAGUUGGGCCGCCAGGCGUUUGUGAGGUUGUGGAAUGAUUAUAAUUUCGGGGUGAAGACGUUUCAGGAGUCGGUUAUGCCGAGUUAUCGGGUGCCGGAGUUGAGGGCUGAGACGACUAUUCGACGGCUGGCGAGUUUUAUUGGGGACCCGAGGGAGGGUGCUGAGACUAUUGCGGCGUUGCAUGAUGGGAUUUGCAGGUUUGGGUCGGCGGAGGAUCAGGGAUACCGCGCUGUUAUGAGGGCGUUGGAGGCGUUUAUUAGCGCGGAAGAGGAUGGGCGGCAUGUGUUGACUUUGAAGGAGACGGAAUGCGUGUCUGCCCUUGCCCCCCUGCAAGAAUCCCUUCCCGAUGUCCUCCCGGCCACGACCUACCCAGGCACUUGUCUCUGGCUCUACGAUCUCCCCGAUUUCCAAGCUUGGCACCACCGCAGCGGCCCAAGCAAGCAUAAAAUCCUCUGGAUCCGGGGUGCUCCGGGAUCUGGCAAAUCAGUACUUGUCAAAUCGCUCCGGAAACGACUGGAACGGCAAUGGGGACCAGCUGGUGCCUCGUUCAUCUGCGUAACGGCAGAAAGUCAUGGUGGACUAAAGGACCCUUACCCAACACAAGAAGACUCCCAGGUCCCUCGACUUGCCGGACUGUACCGCAGCUUACUCGCCCAGCUCUUCCCCCACGACCCAGCACUUCGGAAAGCUCUCCUAGCCUUGUACAAGCAACCACGGGAUGAUCCACGAUCAUUCGACGACGCCCAGGUCGUUUCGUUCUUCGCCGACUACUACGUGAACCAAAAGCUGCGCACCCCAACCCGGCGCGCGUUCAUCUUCAUCGAGGUCGCUGACGACGCCUGUCCGGCUUAUGUGCACGAACUCCUCGGUCGGCUAUCUCACUUGGCGCACAACUCGGACUUCAGCAUCUGCGUUGCCAGCGGCUAUCAUCCGGAGAUCAUCGAGGAAGAGAAUGUUAUCAGCGUGCCGAUGCAGCUUCGUAAUGCUGACGAUGUCCUGCGGUAUGUGAAUCUGAACCUGGUGGCCGAGUGGGAAGAGAGGAACAAGACGGUUAUCAGAAUUGGUCAAAAGGCGGGGGGCGUGUUCCUGUGGGCGGAGAUUGUCGUUAAUAUCCUGAACGCGGCUAUUAUUGAGGGGGCUACGGAAGAGAUGAUUGAGUACACCUUAGAGGAAGUCCCUGGGGAUCUCUAUGGGUUGUACGAGUGGAUGCUUUCGACCAUGAACGAGCGAGAACGAGCGGAAUCGCUGGUCCUCUUCCAAUGGGCCAUGCUAUCCGCCGAGCCGAUGCGCCUGAACGAUCUGUUCAUGGCCAUCCGACUGACCGAACCCAACCCCUUCGCGCUAUUCGAGCAGCGAGGCCCACUCAUGGCGUUCGAUGUCGGCACGCCGUUCUCAAUCCGCGACCUCCGGCAACUGCGCAACUCAGAGAUCAGUUCUGAUACCCCCUACCAAUUCCACCGCUGGCUACGUGCUCGGUCGAUCGGGUUGCUCGAGUUGAAGUCAGACAACCACCACCACCACUCACAACCAUCGAGCGAACCACUCGGCCUACAACGCGUCUAUCCCAUCCACUCCUCAGUCCGCAACUUCUUCCUCUCCGGCCGGGGCUUCGCUUGUCUAGCCGCCGGCAAUCCUUUCAUCCCCUCCACCCUCCCCAUCUCCGACUUCUUCGACAUCACCCACUACACCCUCCUCCGAGCCUGCCUCACCUACCUCAACAUGCGCGACUUCGAGUCUAUCGGCCACGGCGCCCGUCGCCGCCGCAAAGUCCCCGUGGUGCCAUCCCCAACAACCACCAACAGCGACUCCUCAACCUCCUCAUACUCCACACACACCUCCCCGUUCUCCCCCCCAACCCAAAACAGCCACUAUUACAACGACCACUAUCACAACGACCACCUCCCAAUCCAACCCCACCCCCUCAAACCCUCCCCCCCGCUCCCUCCGCACCACACCCACCACCCCCUCCUCCCAACCACCAUCUCAACCCAACGCCACCUCGUCAUGUCCUCCUACCCCUUCCUCCACUACGCCGUCACCCACCUCCUGCACCACCUCCUCGCGCCCCAACCCUUCCGCUACUUCCUCCCGCAACACGAACUCCUCGCCGCGCUGGCGGCGAAUAAAUUCCGCUUGUGGAAACGCUGGACUUCGUUGCUGGGGACGUAUGAGCCGGAUGUUAUUUUGAGGGUGCAUGCUGCGGGGGCGCAGGCGGGGGGUGUGAAUGCUACUAUGGGGAAUGCUGCCAGUGGGGUUGCUCACUUUUUAAGUCCGGUGUAUGGAGCACGGUAUCGGUUGGAGAGGGUGUUGAGGAAGUUGUUUAAGCUGGCGGCGAGCGAGUCGUAUGUUUCGAGGAGGAGGGGGGCGAGGGAGCCGGAGGUCGGGGGUUAUGGGGCCGAUGUCGCCUGGGCUAUAUCGAGGUGGGGAAAGCGGGAUUGGGUUGGCUGUGUGAUGGGGGUGGUCCUGGGCGGUCACAACCGGCAGAAAGUUGGACCCUCCCAACUUUUUAGUGGGCUACCCAAUGCGAACCCUUCAUCCCAUGCAACUUUUAACGUGCUGUCGCAACCCCGCGAUUGUCGACCACACCACACCCUCAUCCCUAUGCUCGCACUCGCCACCCAUGCGCGCAGGACUGUGCUGCUGCGCGCGACGCACCCCAAGCUUCUCCUGGAUGUGCGAUGGGCCAGCACAGUGAGUGCCGCCGGCGAGCCGGAGUUAAAAAAGGAACUCGACCGCGACGGGACUUGGUUAGCCGCCCGUCGACUGAAGCAGGGUGGAAACCGCGAUAUAUACCGGGUCAACCUUAUAAGCGACCAGCUGGCUAGGGACACGCUCAAGUACAUGGGUCCAACCCUGAAACGCCACGAGGGCUGCGACCUCCUUGACAUUUUCCCUGGGCCUGGUAUUUGGAGUAAGAGGCUCCACGACGUGGUGAAACCACGAUCUCACAUUCUCAUGGAGCCGGACGCCGAGUUCUAUAAACCCUAUCUCGAACCCCUGCUUGAGAAACCUGGCACACAGCUCCUGCCCGAAUCGGGGAUUGUCUGGGAGCAGCUCAACAAGGUGUUGAAUCCCACGGUGCUGCCCCAUCAAGUGGAACGCAAGUACACCCCGGAAGAAACACCAGAGCGGAACGACACCCUGUUGGUGACGAUGAAUUUGGCCAUGUCCCCAAGAAGAAAGUUUCGGUCGUUUGAGAGUCUCGCCCAGCUUGUCAUGUUCCAAAUGCUAUCGUCAAUCCGCCCAGGCUCGCUCUUUCAAAAGUACGGCCUCGUCCGAAUGCUCAUUUGGGCCGAAGACGCGGACACAAAAGCCAUUCUCCCUCGCACUAUCCAGGCACGCAAAAAGCUAGCCAUCGAAGCCGAGCUCUCGACCGAUUGGGUUACCCAACUGGUUAGCCCCGAUGCGCCACGGCCAACAGCGGCGGGUGCCAGCCGCUGGUAUCUUCGCAGCGAGUCGCUCAAUCUCGAAAGCGCUCGCCGGGCGCUUGUACGGAUGCAGGACCAGGGAUUCAAGCUGAUCCGAGGGCGUGAGCCCGAGCACGUAAGGGAAUUUUUUGAUUUCGUGGACCCGGACAAGAGUGCUGGGCCCAAGAACCAAUUUACAAGAAAGGGACGCCCGGGUGAUAUCGAACUUGUGCAACUACAAAAAGAGUGGGACGACGGCACGAUCCAGGAAGGAUCCAAAGAGCAUAAACGCCUCAGCCACCUUGUGCAUCUUCAAACCUUUGAUUCCAGGCGUGCCGUCGUCACGGAGCGCCUCAUGCGCGAGCAUGAUGCUAUCGUCAGGGACUACGUCAAAGCCGGCGACGACGAAGCGAAGCAACAAGAAGUUCUCGCAAGGGCGAAAGCCUGGACCGACACCAUCAACAAAUUCGAGAAAAAGACUCGGAAUGAAAUUGUAUUGUUGCGUGACAAUCGUCACGUUGUCAAGCAGGACAAGCCCUUCAUGAAUUGGGACCGACGCUACAUAGAGCCACUCCGCGCAGAACCCCAAGAAUUCUUCCCCGCCGCCCCCUGUGUGCUCCUCGACAUCCAGCCCAGGGCUGUCCCCUCCAUCCUUCGUGAGAUCGGCCCGACCUCCUCCCGCGGAGGCGACAUGUUCGAGCUCCUUCUCCGCGGCCUGGUCCAGCACAUCCUCGACCCGGUCGACGGCUGUAUGAACACCAUCACGCCCGGCGCGGGCGACUGGGUCGUGCCGCAUUGCAAAACUAUGCAUGACCCGACCGUCGGUGGCCACGUGCCGGGGCUGCUUUGGCCGUCGACGCGCACCCUGAGCACUGAUCACCUGGUGGAGCUCACCGAGCAGUGGAUGAAGUGGCCGUUCCGGCCUUCGUAUGAGCAACUGGUGUCGCGGACGAUAGAAGAGGCGGAUGCGGAACCUGGCGAGGACGGUCGGGAGGCAAACAAAUUGAAACUUCCAAUGGAGUUGUAG